AUGGCCCAACACCCGGCAACCCUUCUUGGUCACCCACCUCCCCGUCCGACUUGGGCAGCAUCAACGUCGAUCCCAUCUCCCCCUAUCGAUUAUUCCUCCCCACAACAAACUGGUUCGCAAAAGAAUAGUCUUCCGUUACUCCAAUUUGGUGAUUGGGAGGAAGGUCGAACAUAUGACGAGGAUCCACCGACUUGUAUCCACUACUUGAUCGAGUGGAAGGUCACUCUCAAUAACAGGACGGUGGCGAAAGACACAGAACAAGAUCUGGUUCUAGCCCCUCGAUUUCACUGGAGGCUCUUUUUGCAACCAAAGCUAAAGGAGCUGCUUAUCUAUGCUGAGGAAGCAGCCUCAGGAGAGCCGCCUGCCUGGAAAGAGGUAUAUGCUUUGAUGCAUUGUCCUGGGUCUUGUGAACUAGGUCCGCACUGCUGGCAGGAUCCUUAUGGAAAGAAGCAUUACAAGCUCUACCGAUAUCAGCUGGAGAGUCUGGUUAAAUAUGUGCAGAGCGGCGGGAUUUUGCAGUCGCAUGAAGAUGUGCCUGGUAUGAUUCGCGAGCAAAUCUAUAGAGCAGAGAGACAACGGCUCGAUAGACCGCGAGCCAAUAAUCGAUCCACCGCAGAGACAAGCCGCCCUCCUAUUACUAUCACAAAUGUGCUUCCAACACAAGCCUUACAAGCACCUGGGCUGUCAUCAUCUGCACAUCCAGAGACUGCUAGUUCUUCAGCCGACUCUCCGACUAUUCAUAUUUCUGGACUUCUCGAUGUUGCUGUGAGAGAAUACAGCAACUGGCAACAGUCACGUUUGGCCGACGAGGCUUUGAAAUCCGAGGUCAGAAAGGCGUGCGACGUAGCCCUAGAGGAUGGACUAGACUUGGCGCAGAUUGAUGAAGACAAAGAUCCUAAUUAUUUCAAGGCGCGUGGUGUCAAGUGGGGUAUCGCUCGGUGUUUUUUCAAGGACAUUAGGUACUGGGUGGACAACUACAAUGGAUGCGUGAGAAGCGAAGCGGAUAUUUAA